AUGGAGGAGGACGAGGGGGCUGCGGGAGGCGCGGAGCAGCGGCGCCCCCGCCGCCGUCCCGGGCCCGAGCGCUCCCCCAGCCCCAGCCGCCUGGACGUGAGCUCCAGCCGCUUCGACCCGCUGCUGGCGCUUUCUCUUUCUGUUUUAGUCCAUGAAGGCAGCCCAUUGGGGGAACUUCAUCGCUGUGUCCGAGAUGGUGUGAAAAUCAAUGUCCAUAUCCGCACUUUCAAAGGGCUUCGUGGAGUCUGCACAGGGUUUUUGGUUGCAUUUGACAAGUUCUGGAAUAUGGCCCUGACAGAUGUGGAUGAGACGUACAGAAAACCAGUAAUGGGCAAAGCUUUCUACGCAGAACCUCAGCUCACCCUAACUCGGCUCUUUGACAGACUCAAGCUGCAGGAGUCCUCAGGAAAGAAGGGAGCUGACUCAAAGACUGUCUCGGGGCAACUAGCCCUGACAAAUGACUCUCAGACCCUGGCACUGAAAGCUGGAUCGGGACGAGCGAGAGCAGAAGAUGAGCGUGAGAGGCAGAAACGCUCGGGCAGAGCUGGAGAAAAGAAGCUGCCAGGUGAUGGUUUGCACCUGCCUGCCAGAGGUGAAGCUGAUGUGGGCAGCGGGACUGCCCACACUGAGGGUGCCAGUGCCGGUGGUACCCGUGCAAGAAGCCAGUCACGGAGAAAAAGGCGGCCCAAAGUGGAUUAUCAACAGGUGUUCACACGUCACAUCAACCAGAUUUUCAUUCGAGGAGAGAAUGUCUUGCUUGUCCAUUUAGCACAUUGACUUGGCUGAGCCUUCGUCAGUGUAUUUAUUUGAUAGCAUGAAUUGCUGCUGCAGCUCUCGUUGCUAUUUAGCGUUCUCAUUAAGUAUGAUGGUACAGUGACUGGUUUCCCGUUGCCAUAAUGAGGUAGGGGAAAUAAUUCUAACUGGAGCGUCCUGAGCUUGAUGCCAAAGCAGCCUCCUUAGAUCUCUGUUGGGGGUCUCAGGACAAGGUCAGCAACACAGUUGUUUCUGUGAGAUGAGGGAGGUAAGCACAGAUCCCACUGCUCCUUAAAAAGAAGCUAAAUGGAGAGGGUCAGCAGAGAAUUUUGGUAUACUCAGUUGUAGGAGCUAAUUGUUGCACACCUUUAAGGAGUUUAAGAUUAGAUCUCCACCUGAAAUGAAUUGCAAAUGCUGUUUUGCAUGUUCUGAGUAAUCUCAAGUGAAGAUUGCUAAUGAAGCCAACAGCUUAUCUGCUGUUAGAUGGAUGUCUUCUUUUCGAGACGUAAUUCUGACAGUCAUUUUGAGAUAAUUGUGAAAAGGUGGAGUGACAUACUACUGAUGGCUCUUUGCCUCUUCUUCAUAGUUAGCUCUGUAAUGUCUCUGUGAUAGAAAACCUCUUAAUUGAAAACUACUCUUUUUCUGUGAAUGAUGGCAGGACUUGAAUUUGUUUUCAGUAUCAGAGUUGAGGCUUCUAUUUGGAAUGCUGUGCUUUAGCCCUGUGUCACCAGCCAGCAGGGAAUGUAGCUGAUCCAGGUACCUCCGUGUUUAUCUCUGUUCCGAGUUUAUCUCUGAAAGUUGUGGAUGCAGAUGGAAAAUUGUCCUUUUAUAUUUCACCUGUUUGCUACUUAGUGUAAUAGUGAAGUUUGCAAAGAUGUAGUUUUUCUUCUCAGAUUUAAGUGUUUGUGCUGAGCACAAUUGUACUGUAUCUAAGCACCUUUCAAAUUCCCUCUGUGGAAACGAGAGGUGCUGUGUCUCCAGUGAUUCUCAUGGAGCAGAAAACUUCAUGGGUCUUUCCUAUCAAUGUGAAUGAUGCAUCAUCUAAUUCCAGUUGAACUGAGCUUUGGAGAUGAAAACAUGUUCUGAAGUAGAAAAGUUGAACUCAGCUCAUCGGUGGCUUUAUUUUAGCAAGGAUGUCAAGCUACUGUAGAUCAGGCCAGGCUUCUGCAGGUAUAAACUGCUUUCCAAGAGCUACAUGCAGAAGUUUGAGGGUAAAUGAAGUUGUUACAUUAUCUAGACUGUUCUACUAGUUGUCAAAGGACACUAGAUUUCACACUGCUAUUCCUGUAUCUCAAGUACCUUAUGCUUUGCAGCAGCUCCGUGUGUUUAAGAUGAAGUUGGGAAAUUGCCAGGAUAAUCCUUAGAUCUGACAUUGGGUAGAACAACUUUUUAGUGCUCUAUAGCAGGUCUUGUAUUGCAUAUAGAGGUCGUAAGUCCUCAAACUGAGUGAGGAGUACUCUCAAUGACACACAUUUCCCUUGCAGCAUACUGUCGUUAGGGGUAUGUCUGGUAUUUAGGUGAGUUGUGGAAAUCAUUUAGUGGAAGUUCCUGGACACACAAGACAGCUGUUUGCCUCUGGGGGAGCCUGAAACUUUUAUGUCAGCAUUUCAGAUGACAUGGGGCUUGGACGGCUGAUCUGUUCAGCCACUGAGCUGCAAACCCAAGUUCAGCCUGGGACAGAAGUGCUACAGAAUAAAACGUACUGUUGAGGCAAAACAGUUUCAUCAAAAGUGGAAAAAAACAAACAAACAAACAAAAAGAAUCAAAAAAGGAAAGAAUAUCUACAGGUUCUUAUUAUACAUAGCUUUAUUGCUGUAACAACUUCUUCCUAUGGACUGAGACUAGGCACUGAAAAGAUUCUUCUCUUGGAGGUUCUUGUUUCCUCUCCUUUUGUGCUGUUCUUGUUUGUGUUCCUGUGGUCUGCAGUUCUUCCUAAGCUCUGGUUUAGGAAGAUUGUUCUUAUAUUCACCCCUAGUUGGCCCAGCUUCCUGAACCUUUCCUGGUUGGCUUUCGAUGUGGCUGCCAACUAACCAGAACUCUUACAAAUUAUUAGAAAUGUGUGAAGCUAGAAACAAGGGGCUUAUUUCUGCUCCUGACUACUCAGCAACUUUUAUUGCAAGUGAAUAUUUUUCUUCAUUAUGUUUUUGGUUGUGGGUUGUUUUUCCCGUCUGCUUUUGGACUGUUACAUUUUUAUUUCAAUUGCUUGGGAUGACUUAUCUCUGCCUUUUCCAUUCAUACCAAAGGCUACUGGUUUUGACCUCUUGUCUUUCCUUCAUACUUACCAAAGGGUGUCAAAUCUCCACUCAGGCCUAUGUACUAUGACAUCUAAUUGAAAUCUUGCUUCUUUUUACCUCAUAUUCUUAAUUCUCUUUGCCUGCCUACUUUAUACUGCCUUGUGCAUUGAAUAAGAUACAAGUACCAUGAAUGUUCUUGUGGCUGUACUGCCCUCCUUCCUUGUCAGUUGACACUUCACCAAGUUCUUCGUUGCUUCUCAAAGUCUCAGUGUUUGCUUUCAUGAGAAAUUUUUUCUCUGAAACCCUGCAGGUGUUUGUUACUUCAUGUCUACAAGUUUCUUUUUUCCCAUUUAUGGAAAAUGCUGGUGCUUAGACUUGCGUUUGUGCCUUGAUUUUUAUAUCAUGACUGAUCUGUUCUUCCAAAAUCAUCAUCUCAGACAAUAAACCUGGCUAGAAACUA